AUGGCUGGUCUUUUCGGUUCCGCCGCCGCAUCGGCGAGCAACACCCUCGGCGAUCUCAAGCAGGAUGUCGAGCUCGGCCAACCCCCUGAGGACAGCAUUACCGAUCUCGCCUUCAACCCCAAUCCCGCCGACCAGAAGGACUUCCUCGCCGUUGCCAGUUGGGACAAGAAGACACGCAUCUACGAGAUCUUGAGCAAUGGGCAAGGCCAGGGGCAGGCCAUGAUUGAGCAUGAUGGUCCUGUUUUCUCCUGCGAUUUCUUCAAGGAUGGUACAAAGGUCAUCUCCGCCGGCGCCGACAAGGCCGCCAAGGUUCUCGAUUUGGCCACCGGUCAGUCAAUGCAGGUCGCCGCUCACGAUAUGCCCAUUAAGUGUGUUCGCUACUUCGAGGCCAACGGCACCCCCAUGGCGGUGACAGGUGGUUGGGACAAGCAAAUCAAGUACUGGGACUUCCGCUCCGCGAACCCUGCCGCUACUGUGCAGGCUCAGGAACGUGUCUAUACCAUGGAUGUGCGCGACAACUUGCUCGUGGUCGGAACCGCUGAUCGUUACAUCAACGUCAUCAACCUGAAGGAUCCCGGCAAGUUCUACAAGACGAUGCAGAGCCCUCUCAAAUGGCAGACCCGCGUGGUGAGCUGCUUCAACGACUCUCAGGGUUUUGCUAUUGGUUCGAUCGAGGGUAGAUGCGCCAUUCAAUACGUGGAGGAUAAGGAUUCUGCCUCCAACUUCUCCUUCAAGUGCCACCGCGAUCCCGCCCAAGGCAACACCACCGCCGUCCACGCGGUCAACGACAUCUCCUUCCACCCCCAACACGGUACCUUUAGCACAGCCGGUAGCGACGGCACUUUCCACUUCUGGGACAAGGACGCGAAGCACCGUCUCAAGGGCUACCCCAACGUCGGCGGCAGUAUCACCUCGACAACGUUCAACAAGACCGGCAGCAUCUUUGCCUACGCCAUUAGUUAUGACUGGAGCAAGGGCUACCAAGGCAACUCUCCCACGUACCCGAACAAGGUCAUGCUCCACCCAGUACAGCAAGACGAGUGCAAGCCCCGCCCCAGCGUCAAGAAGAGGUAG